AUGGAUGCUGCUUUCCGGAUAUUUCACGAGAUGCCAAGACGUGGGUACAGUCCGGAUUCGUAUACUUACGGAACUCUGAUUAAUGGAUUGUGUAGAGCAGGGAGAAUUUGGGAAGCAAUAGAACUUUUGGUAGAGAUGGAGGCAAUUGACUGUUCGCCCACUCUUGUUACCUAUUCUUUGUUGAUACACGGGCUUUGCCAGUCGAAUUAUUUGGAAGCAGCAAUCGACUUGCUAAAAAAGAUAAGGAGCAAAGGAAUUGAGCCCAAUGUAUAUACUUAUAGUUCCAUUAUGAAUGGUCUCUGCAAAAAUGGAGAUGGUAACCAUAACGGUGCUGUUGAGGUUCUUGAUAGAAUGAAGGUGCAGGGAUUGAAACCUGAUGCCAGAAUAGUUCAAGGACUCUGUGCUGAGGAUAACCUGAAUUGUGCUUUUCAGUUAGACACGAGCGUACGAAGCAGAAGAAUAUCAGUUGAGUCCAAUACCUUUGAAUCACUCGUUCAUUGCGCUUGCAAGAAAGGAGACAGACCUUCACCAAGUUGCUCAUAUUAUUGA